ACCCUUACCUUAGAGAUUCAUUUUCUCUCUUUGUCUUACGAACGAACAAUUUCAAGAUUUCAAGCAGAACUCCAUUUCUGAUCCCAAUUCCAUUGCUAGCGUAGCCUCACCACCAUGUAAGUUAUAUACCGUUCCCGUAUUAUUCUUGCUUCAUCAGAAACAGAAGAGAGUAGGGAAACGUAGCUUUCAAGCAGAAUCUUGAUGCUGCUUGAUGGAUAGAUAUGAGCAACAAGGCUGUGUAUAUUUUAUCACCCUGGGCUUUGCUGCAAGUUCCUCAUCCUUGAGUUUAAUAGAAGAGAUCGAUCAGCUUUUCUUUUUAUGAAUUUCGUUUUAACAUUGGUCAAUCAACUAUAUCACACAAUAGUAUGUCCGCCCCUACCACCCACGAAAUUCUUCCCGGUCGUCUCGGAAACUUGACUCCAGAGCAGCAGGCUACUCUGGAAGAGUUCAAGAAGUUGAUUAUUGCACAGGGCACUUUUGUUCCUGAACGCCACGAUGAUCACCUACUUCUUCGUUUCUUGCGUGCCCGCAAGUUCAACAUUGAGGCAACCAACAAGAUGUUCACCGACUGCGAAAACUGGAGAAAGGAGCUUGGUGUGGAUAAAUUGAAGGAAACAUUUGUCUUUGAGGAGGAGGAGGUCGUCCGCAGCUGCUAUCCCCGCUAUUACCACAAUGUGGACAAGAAGGGUCGUCCUAUCUAUAUCGAGCAUAUUGGUGUGAUUGAUAUCAAGACAUUGUUCAAGGUGACAGAUGAAGAGCGCAUGACAAAGCAACAUGUUCUCUCCUAUGAGAAGCUGAUCACAGACCGCAUGCCUGCAUGCUCAAAGCGUGCCGGUCACCACAUUGAGCAAUGCUGCACUAUUCUUGAUCUCAAGGGUGUCUCUCUUCGCCAGUUCGCUAAUGCUUUUGGAUUUAUCAAGCGCACUUCCGCCAUUGCCCAAAACUACUAUCCUGAGAUGAUGGGUAAGAUGUACGUCAUCAACGCCCCUAUGAUGUUCACUUCCGUCUGGGGUAUGGUGAAGCCCUUGCUGGAUGAGGUUACUGUUAAGAAGAUUGUCAUCUUAGGAAGCAAUUAUCAGUCAACUUUGUUGGAGGACAUUGAUGCUGAGAAUCUCCCCAAGGCCAUCGGAGGCACUUGCGAAUGCGCUGGCGAAGGAGGAUGUCAAAAGGGAGAACCAGGUCCAUGGAAGGAUCCUCGUUACAUGAACACACCUGCAGAAAAGACUGCCUAAAUCAGUGAUAAACGAAUAUAUACGAUAAUAAAUGAUAAUAAUACAAUACACUAUACUAUAUUUAUCCUCUUUUUUUAUUUUUGCAAUAUCCCAACGAAAUAAAUAAGUAACAUUUAUAACAGG